GCUCUCGUAUAAUAUAUUUGUUUUGCUCACUACUUCAAAUAUACAUUUUUAACGUUUGUGAAUACAAAAAAAAAAAAGAAAUGCUUCGACUGUACCGAUCCAUUAUAGUUCCUAGUCGGAAUUUAUAUAUGCUUUCAACUAGGAAAUGCGCAAAUUUCGGAGCAAAUUCGGAUUCAGAUGAAGGUGAUGAUAAUACGGAACCGGAUAUGAAUUUUAUUAAACUGAUUGGUACAACAAGGAAUGAUUCGAGACUCCAGCCAAAUGGCAACAUGAAUUGUUUGGUGCAUCAAAAAUCUGAAAAUGAGAAAUCGUUUUUUCAUUUUAUAAGUAUGCCUAAACAUAUUCAAGAAAAAACGGGUAUCAACCAUAUAGCGAGUGGCCAAAGAAUCAAUAUUAAUGGAUACGUUUUAUCUCAUCCAUUCAAAUCAAUUGACGAUAAAAACAAAUACAAAGUUGUAAUUAUGCCCACCGAAAUUAGGCUUUACAAAAAUGGAGAAGAACCAUUACCAGAUAUUUGCAUAGUUAUGUUGACUGGUGUCGUACGAUCGCCGAUUUGGUUUAAAAAUGAUUUUGCAUCAUUUUAUUCAGAGGAGAUCUCUGACGUCAGAAAUGUGAAAGGCGAAUUGACCGGAGAAAAAAUGAAAUUUUCAUAUAGUAAUUUUGUAUAUGAUGUCAAUUUACGAAAUUACAUACGUGAAAACAUAAACCUAUAUGAUCGCGUAUUUGUUCAAGGACAUCUUGGUUACAAAUCGUGUGAAACGAAUGAUGGAAAAUCUAGAUCCUGUGGCAGUAUUAUUGUGACCAAAAUUGAAAAAAUAUGAAUAGAAUUAAAAAGAUUUUAUUUUGCACAUAAUAAUUUAUGUUUUAUUUGAGGAAAAAUAUUUGUUUAAAAACAUUUUUAUAGUAAACAUGGAUGUUGUAAAAGGAGUAUGAUUGAUGAAUAUAAUCAUAUAUUAAAUAA